GUAACAUUUGCUGUUUUAAGUUUGUAGCGGGACAUUGCGAGGCUGACAUAGCCACUAUUCAUUGUUGGUAACUGUAACGUUUGCCCGAAACUUAACAUUUCGUCAUGGACGUAGGCGAGCUACUGAAUUAUCAGCCUGACAGGGGGGCAAAGCGUCUGCGGGAUGAUGAUGAUGAUGAUGAUGGUGAUGACCCCAGAAGCAAGAAGGUUGGCAGAGACCUGGCCAGACGCCUGAAGAGUGACUGUGAUGACCCGAGUAGUGACAGGAAGAGGAUACUGGAGAAACUCAUGGAUGAUGAUGAGGACGCAGACGACCAAGAGGGUGAACCAGUGGAUGAGAGUUCGGUGAAGAAAAUGAUCCUGACCUUUGAAAAAAGGUCUUACAAAAACCAAGAGCUGAGGAUAAAGUUCCCAGACACCCCGGGGAGGUUCAUGGAAACAGAGCUGGAUCUGAAUGACAUCAUCCAGGAGAUGCAUGUCAUCGCCACCAUGCCUGAUCUCUACCACCUCUUGGUGGAGCUCAAUGCUGUCCAUUCCCUGCUGGGCUUACUCAGCCACGAGAACACAGAUAUUGCCAUUGCAGUGGUUGAUUUGUUACAAGAGCUGACGGACAUCGACACACUUCAUGAAAGUGAGGAGGGCGCGGAAGUACUCAUAGACUCUUUGCUGGAGGGACAGGUUGUGGCCCUUCUGGUGCAGAACAUGGAGAGGCUGGAUGAGCAGGUGAAGGAGGAGGCAGAUGGAGUCUACAACACAUUAGCCAUCAUUGAGAACAUGGCAGAGUUCAGGCCUGGCCUGUGCACAGAAGCAGCUCAGCAAGGACUCAUGCAGUGGUUGCUAAAGAGAAUAAAGGCACCAGGGAGCUCUUGGGGGAGCUGGAUGGGAUUGACGUUUUACUGCAGCAGCUCUCUGGAAAAGAAAAUGUCACGGACCAGCGCCCUGAAGGUCUUAGACCACGGCAUGAUUGGCCCAGAGGGUUCUGAUGACUGCCACAAGUUUGUGGACAUCCUAGGCCUGAGGACCAUCUUCCCCCUGUUCAUGAAGACUCCUAAAAAGAUGAGGAAAGCUGGGACAGUAGACAAAGAACAUGAAGAACACGUGUGUUCCAUCAUUGCUUCCUGCCUGCGGAACUUGAAAGCCCAGCAGAGGACGAGGCUCCUCAGCAAGUUCACAGAGAAUGACUGUGAGAAGGUUGAUAGACUGAUGGAGCUGCAUUUUAAGUACCUGGAAGCUGUUCAGCUGGCUGACAAGAGGAUUGAAGGAGAGAAACAUGACAUGGUUAAACGUGGUGAGAUUCUGGAUGAUGUGAUGGAGGAUGAGUUCUACCUACGGAGGCUGGAUGCUGGGCUGUUUGUCCUCCAGUUGCUCUGUUAUAUCAUGGUGGAGAUCAGCAACUCAGGGAUAUCCCAGCUGCAGCAGAGGGUGCAUCAGAUCCUGAACCUGAGGGGAGGCUCUGUCAAAGUGGUGCGGCACAUCAUGAGAGAUGAUAUAGGUUGUCUGUCCAGGCCUCUACACUCCAGCAGCCUCAGUGGUCUGGCCAGGCCGGGUGAAAUUACCUUAAUGUCUGAUGGGCUCGCACCAGAUGGGGACUCUUGGCCCUCAGCUCAGAGUGGGAGGUUCUGUGGAACCAAGAGUAUGCUGAAAACAUCGGGGACGGGAAGAGUGAGGAGUUCAAAGAGAGUGAGCAGAAGAGGAUUAUGGACCUGCUGGAGAACUUCUAACCCUAACCAAUCCCUGGGAGGAGUACCUAACCAGAACAGAGGUUCUCCACACACUCACAGACAGAAGAUACCAGUGUCCAGCAGGUGCAGAGAAGCUGUAUUGACUGCGCUCUCUGUGUGCUGGACUAUAGUGACUCAAAAUAUAAUAACAAAAGAUGUGCAAUCUUAAACUGCAACUCUUUCAGACUCACAUGUUUGUGGUGUUUGAUUUGUGUAUUUUGUAAUAAAAUCUCAUCCGGAUAAAUUGUUUUUGUGAUUUUAAACCCCCAUUUACACCUCAUUUCCAUUCUUCUUUUGAGAUAGAAAUGCUUAAGGAAUAAAAUAAAUUGCUAUCACAUUGUUUUCUGUG